GUUCCGCCCCCAGGAGCAGGAGCUCCGCUAUCGGGGGUCGGACCCCGCCCCUCCCGGAGCCCCGCCCCCGGCCCGGCGACGGCGGUGACCGUUGGUGCUUUCGGCGGGCGCCCGGCGGGAGCAAGCGGCGGCCCGGACAACAUUUCAAGACAAAAAACUCAGUAGCAUCGAACAUUCCUUGACACAUGGAAUCCCUGGAAUAGUGGGAUAUGCGAUCGGCCUUGACUGUGCACCAGGAUGUACAGGGCAGGGGAGCCAGGGAAGCGGCAGCCUGGCCCUGCGCCCCCUCGAGUGCGGAGCGUGGAAGUGGCCCGAGGCAGAGCUGGCUACGGCUUCACCCUGUCAGGACAGGCACCCUGUGUGCUCAGCUGUGUCAUGAGGGGCAGCCCUGCGGAUUUCGUGGGCCUCCGGGCUGGAGACCAGAUACUUGCCAUCAAUGAGAUCAAUGUGAAGAAAGCCUCACAUGAAGAUGUGGUGAAACUAAUUGGAAAAUGCUCUGGAGUUCUGCACAUGGUGAUCUGUGAGGGCACCAGUCAUGUGGAGUCCUGUUCCAGCGAUGAAGAAGGCGGCCUGUAUGAGGGCAAAGGCUGGCUGAGGCCUAAACUUGAUUCUAAGGCCUUGGGUAUAAACAGAGCAGAGAGGGUUGUGGAAGAGGUGCAGUCUGGUGGGAUUUUCAACAUGAUUUUUGAAAGCCCAAGUCUCUGUGCCAGUGGCCCUGAGCCCCUGAAGCUGAAGCAGAGGUCUCUGUCCGAGUCAGCUGCUUUGCGGCUUGACGUUGGCCAGGACAGUCUCUGUGCUCCACAUCCCAGCAUGCUCUCCAAGGAAGAGAUAUCGAAAGUUAUCAAUGACGAUUCUGUAUUCACUGUGGGGCUGGACAGUCAUGACGACUUUGGAUUAGAUGCAAGUAUUUUAAAUGUUGCCAUGGUCGUGGGCUAUUUGGGCUCCAUCGAGCUCCCUUCCACAAGUUCCAACCUGGAGCAUGACAGUUUACAGGCCAUUCGUGGCUGUAUGCGCCGCCUGCGGGCUGAGCAGAAGAUCCAUUCACUAGUGACCAUGAAGGUCAUGCAUGACUGUGUGCAGCUGGUCACUGACAGGGCUGGUGUGGUGGCAGAGUACCCUGCUGAGAAGCUGGCAUUCAGUGCAGUGUGCCCAGAUGACAGGCGGUUCUUCGGGCUGGUGACCAUGCAGACCAGUGAUGAUGGAGGCCUGGUGCAGGAGGAUGAAGGUGCCCUAAGGACAUCCUGCCAUGUGUUCAUGGUGGACCCAGACUUGUUUCAUCACAAGAUUCACCAGGGCAUCGCACGGAGGUUUGGGUUUGCAUGCACAGCCGACCCAGACACGAGCGGCUGCUUGGAAUUCCCAGCGUCUUCCCUCCCUGUGCUUCAGUUCAUCUCUGUCCUCUACCGAGACAUGGGUGAGCUGAUUGAGGGCGUGCGGGCCCGUGCCUUUCUGGACGGGGAUGCGGAUGCCCACCAGAAUAACAGCACCAGCAGCAACAGCGACAGCGGCAUUGGCAAUUUCAACCAGGAAGAGAAGAGCAACAGGGUGCUUGUAGUUGACCUGGGCGGGAACUCAAGCAGGCACGGCCAGGGCAAUAGCCCAGGCUGGGAAGGUGUGAGUGGGAGGGGCUCACAGCCUUGGGGUGCACCCUGGAAUGGAGCCUUCUGCCACGACGCAGAGGUGGGCUCCCCGUUGGAAACCAGCCCCCACACUGACAGGUUCUGGGACUUAACAAAGCAUUCGGGGCCUGCCUCUCACCUAGAGGUCCCUCCAGCCUCCUUGAGGAGUUCUGUCCCCCCUUCCAAGAGGGGUGCCACAGGUUCCAGCUGUGGUUUCAACCAGAGGUGGCUCCCGGUCCAUGUGCUACAAGAGUGGCAGUGCGGACAUGCCAGUGACCAGGAGUCUUACACAGACUCUACUGAUGGGUGGUCCAGUGUCAACUGCGGCACACUGCCCCCUCCCAUGAGUAAGAUUCCUGCAGACCGAUACCGGGUGGAGGGCAGCUUUGCUCAGGCCCCGCUGAGUACCCAGAAGAGAGACUGGUCCAGGAAGGCUUUUGGAAUGCAAAACAUUUUUGGGCCCCAUCGAAAUGUUCGAAAGACCAAAGAGGACAAAAAGAGCUCAAAAUUGGGGCGCGGAGUUGCCCUGGCCCAGACUUCGCAGCGCACCUCAGCUCGAAGAUCCUUUGGAAGGUCUAGGAGGUUCAGCAUCACGCGCUCCCUCGAUGAUCUUGAGUCUGCAACUGUGUCUGAUGGUGAGUUGACGGGAGCUGACCUGAAGGACUGCAUCAGUAACAACAGCCUGAGCAGCAAUGCUAGCCUCCCCAGUGUGCAGAGCUGCCGGCGCCUGCGCGAGAGGAGGGUCGCGAGCUGGGCUGUGUCGUUUGAGCGUCUGCUGCAGGAUCCCAUUGGUGUUCGCUACUUCUCUGAUUUUCUACGGAAGGAAUUCAGUGAAGAGAACAUUUUAUUCUGGCAGGCCUGUGAAUGCUUCAGUCAUGUCCCUGCACACGACAAAAAAGAGCUCUCUUACAGGGCCCGGGAGAUUUUCAGUAAAUUCCUGUGCAGCAAAGCCACCACUCCUGUAAACAUUGACAGCCAGGCCCAGCUGGCAGAUGACAUUCUCAGUGCACCCCACCCUGACAUGUUCAAGGAACAGCAGCUCCAGAUUUUCAACCUGAUGAAGUUUGAUAGCUACACUCGCUUUCUGAAAUCCCAGCUAUACCAAGAAUGCGUCCUGGCAGAGGUGGAAGGCCGCACCCUCCCUGACUCCCAACAGGUCCCCAGCAGCCCCGCCUCCAAACACAGCAUCAACUCCGAUCACUCCAAUGUGUCCACACCAAAAAAGCAGUUAAGUGGAAAAUCGAAAUCAGGACGAUCCCUGAAUGAGGAUGUGGGGGAUGAGGACAGCGAGAAAAAACGCAAAGGGGCCUUUUUCUCUUGGUCAAGGAACAGGAGCACGGGGCGGUCCCAGAAGAAGAAGGACCAUGGUGAGCAUGCCCAUGAUGUCCUUCAUGCCAACGGAGGCCUCUGCCGCCGGGAGUCCCAGGGCUCUGUGUCUUCUGCAGGGAGCCUGGACCUGUCAGAGGCCUGCAGGACCUCAGCACUGGACAAAGAUAAGGCUGCCAAACACUGCUGUGUCCACCUGCCAGAUGGGACGUCCUGUGUGGUUGCUGUAAAGUCCGGGUUUUCCAUCAAAGAGAUCCUGUCUGGAUUGUGUGAGCGGCACGGCAUCAAUGGGGCUGCUGUGGACCUCUUCCUGGUGGGCGGAGACAAGCCUCUGGUGCUGCAUCAGGACAGCAGCAUCCUGGCCACCAGGGACCUGCGCUUGGAAAAGCGUACUUUGUUUCGGCUGGAUCUCGUUCCAAUUAACCGAUCAGUGGGACUCAAGGCCAAGCCCACCAAGCCUGUCACAGAAGUGUUGCGGCCGGUGGUGGCCAAGUAUGGCCUGGACCUGGGUAGCCUUCUGGUGAGGCUGAGUGGGGAGAAGGAGCCCCUGGACCUUGGUGCCCCUAUAUCAAGUCUGGAUGGACAGCGGGUCAUCCUGGAGGAGAGGGAUCCUUGCAGAGGGAAAGUGUCCGCAGACAAACAGAAAGGUGCUCCUGUCAAACAAAGCUCAGCUGUGAAUGCCAGCCCCAGAAACCACUCGGCUAUGGGAGAGGAGAGAACACUAGGCAAGUCUCACUCUAUUAAAAUAAGAGGAGAAAAUGGAAAAAGUGCUAGGGAUCCCCGGCUUUCAAAGAGAGAAGAAUCUAUUGCAAAGAUUGGGAAAAAAAAAUAUCAGAAAAUUAAUUUGGACGAAGCAGAGGAGUUUUUUGAGCUCAUUUCCAAAGCUCAGAGCAACAGAGCCGAUGACCAGCGUGGGCUACUAAGAAAGGAAGACCUGGUGCUGCCUGAGUUUCUUCGCUUACCUUCUGGUUCCUCAGAACUCGCCCUGUCCAGCCCAGCCCCAGUCAAGGGCUUUAGCAAGAGAGCUGUUUCAGGCCAUGGCCAGGAGGGAGCGGCUCAGACUGAGGAGAGCUACAGUGACAGCCCAGCAACCAGCCCUGCCUCAGCCCAGAGCCCCAGCUCAGCCUACAGUCCUGGCUCCGCCCACAUCCCCGGCUCCGCCCACAGCCCCGGCUCCGCCCACAGCCCCGGCUCCGCCCACAGCCCCGGCUCAGCUUACUGCCCCCCUGGGCCUCCUGGGACCACCCAAUCUGGAGAGAAGCCUCCAAAGCCCUCCUGCAUCCCCACUGUGCAGGAGGGUCCUACACAGGCCUGGAGGAGGCUAUCGCCAGAAGUGGAGGCUGGGGGCAUCCAGACUGUGGAGGAUGAGCAGGUGGCUGACCUGACCCUGAUGGGGGAGGGGGACAUCAGCAGCCCCAACAGCACGCUGCUACCGCCACCCCCCCCCAUACCCCAAGACACACCAGGACCUACAAGACCAGGGGGCAGGGCCCGAGGCAGCGGAAGCCUCCCAGUCAACAGGAUCAUCGACGUGGACCUCGUUGCGGGUGUGUCUCCUGGGUGGGGAGGCAGCGUCCUGGGGGUGCGGCUGGGCCCCAGGAGGGUGAAAGCUGAUGGACCCUUUCUAUCAAAUAAUCCUGGCCUGAGCCCCAUCCCAGGUGAGCCCACCAGGCCCAAGGCCAGCACCCACCAUGCCACCUUUGUUUGAAGCUAUUCUGAUCUUGCGAGUCCUACUGCUCCAGCCUGUACUAUCUUCGUGUUCAUAUGGACAUUUGAGGGGAAGGCCAUGUCUCUGAGACAGCAGGGGCCUAUUUUUCAAUAAUGGGUCCUCAGGGGCCUGAGAGGAGCACCCUCUGCCACAAUCCUCAGGAACCAAAGCGGGAAUUGAAGGGACAACCUCGUCACAGGGGCUGGAUUUAGACACCUCCACAGCAGCCUGCCUUGGCAUUCAGACUUUGCCCAAUAAAAUGUUUCUGAAGACGUGCCAUGUA